CUGAGGUUGCUUGUUUUAGUAGCUGCAUCCAGUCAUCGUGAAGUCGCAUGUGUGUGAUGCUUCUGUUUGUAACUCAAACGCUCCUGCUUUGUUUGUGAAGAAAAAUAUAGCCACAUACUGCCGAGAUGAAGCUGUUAACGCAUAACAUGCUAACAUCUCACGUGCAAGGUGUGACUAAAGGAUACCCACUUAUUAUUAAGGCAACAGAAGUGAAGGUGAAUGAGUUGGAGUUCAAUGCUCAGUUUGUGAGCCGGAUGAUCCCUAAGCUGGAGUGGAAGGCAUUGAUCCAGGCGGCAGAAUGGCUUGGGCAAUCUCAAGACCUGCCCAGCACUCCCAAACCAAACUAUGAAAGUGUUGAGGACUUCCUGCGUAAAGUUCACAGAAUUCUUCUGGAGGUGAGACGCAUCAGAAGAACAACAUUUUCAAAGAAAUUAAUUUCUCAACUUCCAGAAAGUUCUGCUGGACCCUUUUCACAUUUCCGGUGCUCCGGGGGGAUUGAAAGAUUAUGUUGGUGGAGGUUGUAGAGGGAUGUUUACAGUGUCCUGAAUCAGGCAGAGAGUUCCCCAUCUCCAACGGUGUUCCUAACUUGUUACUCAUUGAAGACGAGUAGAUCAAGCUGCUACAUACGUCCCAGAAGAACAGAAUAUCAGACCCACGUUUAUUUGAGAAACUUUUGGGGGUCCAUUUUUAUUUAAAGAAUAGUGGAGAGAAACACAAGACCAUAAUUCUGAAGUAAUUCUGAUUAACACAGUCAUGUUCAACUACUGUCUCCAAACAUGUGGCUGCUUUGCGUUUGGUUAUGAGAAGUGACUUUUUGUUGUUUCUGUUAUUGUAAAUUGUUAUUGUAAAAUACUAAAUAAAUUUGUAUUAAGUUAGGCUUCAGAAGGCUCUUUUAUAAAAUACAAAUCAUCUUAUUAAUUACUUGUUGAUGCGACCUGUAAAUGAUAAUGU